UGCAGUUAGCAAGAAACAGAUAAAGAAAGACCCUCUUUUGUCGUCUCUCUAUAAAAACAAGGCCGUCUACUUGUCUAUACUUAUCCCCUUGAGUGUCCCUCUCUCUGUACACACUCAACACAUGGAAUUUGUUUUCUUAAAACAUCAUGUUCUCUUCGGCCUUGUAAUUUGAGCAACACUGCUUCCGAGUCCCGGCAUUUGCACAGGUUCAAUUUCGGAGAUUCGAACUCGGACUGCAGCAUUUGGACAAGCCCCUUACCCCAACGGAGAGACCUACUUUCACGUCCCGUCCGGCCGUUUCUCCGACAGCCGUCUUGUAAUCGAUUUCAUAGGGAAACUAAACAAAUACAAAUCGACAAAUUUGAAGCCAAAAGCCGAUUUCAGCGAGAUAAGUGAUUGUCUUCUCUUUCUCUUCUUCUUUGUUUCCUCAGACAGUAUGAAAUCACAGUUCUCAAAACUACUAGUUGCAACUGCUAUGUUAAUGUUUCUAUCAGUGAGCUUGGCAGCCUCAUCGUCUCCAUGCAAAUUUCCAGCCAUAUUCAACUUCGGCGACUCAAACUCCGACACAGGCGGCUUGUCUGCGCUCUUCGGCCAGGCGCGUUUGCCCCACGGAGAGUCCUACUUCCAUAGCCCCGCCGGCCGUUACUGCGAUGGCCGUCUUGUCAUUGAUUUUAUAGCCAACAGCCUUGAAUUACCGUUUCUGAGCGCAUAUCUUGAUUCUGUGGGAAGCAACUUCACUCACGGAGCUAACUUUGCCACGGCGGGCUCAACCAUCAGGCCGCAGAACACAACCAUUCGCCAGAGCGGGUUUAGUCCUGUAUCCUUGGACGUUCAGUACAAUGAGUUUUACGAUUUUCAACCAAGAUCCCAAACCACUCGUAGUCGAGGUCACAAUUUGACAUGUGGAGUUUUUGAACAGCUAAUGCCUAAAGCAGAAGAUUUCUCUCGUGCUUUAUACGCAUUUGAUAUUGGCCAGAAUGAUUUAACAUCCGGUUUGUUCUUGAACAUGUCCAUUACCCAAGUCAAGGCAUAUGUUCCUGAUGUGCUAAACCAGUUUAACAGCAUUGUUAAGUAUGUAUACAAUCAAGGAGGUAGAUACUUUUGGAUACACAAUACAGGUCCCAUUGGUUGUCUUCCCUACGUAUUGGACCGCUUACCAAUCCCAGCCGCGCAGGUUGACAAGGCCGGAUGCGCCACGCCUUACAAUAAACUUGCUCGGUUUUUCAACCGGGGAUUGAAACAAGCUGUGGUUCAGUUAAGAAAAGAACUACCAUUGGCUGCAAUCACUUAUGUUGAUGUUUAUUCAGCCAAGUACUCCCUCAUUAGCCAACCACAAAAGCAUGGAUUCAAGCAACCGAUAAGAGCAUGUUGUGGUCAUGGUGGGAAGUACAACUUCAACAAGCACAUUGGAUGUGGAGGAAAGAUUAGGGUUCAUGGAAAAGAUGUGUUAGUGGGAAAGGCAUGCCAAGACCCAUCACUUUGGGUGAAUUGGGAUGGUGUGCAUUUCACUGAGGCGGCUAACAAGAGAGUCUUCGAUCAGAUUGUAGAUGGUUCACUCUCAGACCCACCAACUCCAUUGAAAUUUGCUUGCCAUGGAAAGCAGCAGCAAACUCAUUAGAAUUUAGAUCUGAUGCUAUCUUUUUUUCUAAAAUUCAAAUAAAAUAAUGUCAUCAGAAUCUUUCGUUAAUUUAAUCUUUAUUUUUGCUUGGAUUAAGGACCAAGUGGUGACCUAAUGUCUCUCCAAAGUCUUUAAAUUCUUUUUUUUCAUCCGCUUUCUCCUUCAGUCUGUGUGUAUAUAUAUAGGGUGUGGGCGAAGGCCAUGAGAGAGUUGAGUUCAUUUUGGUUG